AUGGCUGCCGACACUGGAAAGACGCGUUCCUCCUUUGCCUCCUGGCAAUAUCCCCUCUCUCUUCUCUGGUCGUACGAAUUUCGUCGCCAAAAUGACAUCCUGAGCACCCGCCUGCUGGGCAUCAAAGACCAGCUCAAGAAGAGUGGCCUACUCAAUGCGGUCCUCUCAAAGGUUCUGAACAACCUUAUUGUCAUCAUCGCCUCAAUGUUGACAGCCAUGGCUGAUGUCCCCGGCGGUGGGGAGCACCGCCUUCGUCACCUUCGCGGUCUGCUUCUUCGGACCCUGGCCCCUCUCUACGAGGGCGACACAGUUUUCUGGUUUGGCCAUGAAGCUCUCAUCAGCUGCAUCGCUCAGCUUGAGACCCUGCACAAUCUCCCAGGGAUCUGCUCGGGAGGUGAAGUAAGUGAAGGCGCAGCUUCACUUUCAUCCUCCCUCAGCGGCGGCUCAGAUAGUCUCUCCCGGUCACCUUCCUCCGGCUCAUCCUCCGGCUCAUCCUCCGGCUCUCAAGAUGGGCUUCUCGGUGGCAUUCCACGCCCUGCCCUGGCCUUCAACAGCCACCCCGGAGAUGGUCAACUUUCAUCCUCGGAGGCUGGCUCUGCUCUCGCCCUGAAGCUCGAUGCGGUCAUGCGCCAGAAUGGACGAUCACUCCAGAGGUACUUCGACGCCGUCUGCGCUUUCCGCCGUUACCAGAUCCGCCUUCGGCAAGCCGAUGACGUGAAGUUCAUUCACGAAUUCCUGGCGGGUCUUGACGACCACCUGCUCCGGCGCCGUCUCACUUGCGCCCUCGGAAAGACCGGCUGGUAUUGGACCUGGCUCGCUCACGAAGUGCUGUCGAUCCUCAUGGAGGAGCAAUACACGAACCAACAGCACAUUGCUCGUGAUCAGAUCACCGCCAACGGUGCCUUCUUCAGACCCGAUGGCACCUGCAAGUACCGUGUUGUGACCUUACCUCCCAUCACCGAGGAAGACUUGGCCUGA